AAGCUCUGGGCGUAGAGGGCCCGCGGGUGCUGCCGGGAAGGGCAUACGUGCGAGAAGGCAGGUUCGGGGCCGCAAGGAUGACCGCUCAGCAAGUUUUCCCACUUUCCUGUGUGGUGCAGCAGUAUGCCUGGGGGAAGAUGGGUUCCAACAGUGAAGUGGCUCGGCUGCUGGCCAGCAGUGACCCACUGGCCCGGAUCUCAGAGGACAAGCCAUAUGCAGAGAUGUGGAUGGGGACCCAUCCCCGGGGAGAUGCCAAGAUCCUUGACAACCGCAUCUCACAGAAGACCCUAGGCCAGUGGAUCGCUGAGAACCAGGACAGCUUGGGUUCAAAGGUCAAGGACAUCUUUAAUGGCAAGCUGCCCUUCCUCUUCAAAGUGCUCUCAGUUGAAACAGCUCUGUCCAUCCAGGCACACCCUAACAAGGAACUGGCUGAGAAGCUGCACCUCCAGGCUCCACAGCACUACCCCGAUGCCAACCAUAAGCCAGAGAUGGCCAUUGCCCUUACCUCCUUCCAAGGCUUAUGUGGCUUCCGGCCAGUUGAGGAGAUUGUGACCUUUCUGACAAAAGUGCCUGAGUUCCAGUUUCUGAUUGGAGAUAAUGCAGCAACACAGCUGAAGCAGAGCAUGAGCUGUGACUCCCAGGCCACGGCGUCUGCUCUGCAGAGCUGUUUCUCUCACCUGAUGAAGAGUGAGAAGAAGGUGGUAGUGGAGCAGCUCAACCUGUUGGUGAAGCGGAUCUCCCAGCAAGUGGCUGCUGGAAACAAUAUGGAGGACAUCUGCGGGGACCUCCUGCUGCAGCUGCACCAGCAGUAUCCAGGUGAUAUUGGAUGCUUUGCCAUCUAUUUCCUGAACCUGCUUACCCUGAAGCCAGGGGAGGCCAUGUUUCUGGAGGCCAACGUUCCCCAUGCCUACCUGAAAGGAGACUGCGUGGAGUGCAUGGCAUGUUCAGACAACACAGUGCGUGCUGGCCUGACACCUAAGUUCAUCGAUGUUCCAACCCUGUGUGAGAUGCUCAGCUAUACAUCCAGCCCCAGCAAGGACAGGCUCUUUCUUCCAACACGGAGUCAGGAAGACCCCUACCUCUCUAUUUAUGAUCCCCCAGUGCCAGACUUCACUGUUAUGAAGAUGGAGGUCCCUGGCUCCAUCACUGAAUACAAGGUCUUAGCGGUGGAUUCUGCCAGCAUCCUCCUAAUGGUACAGGGGACAGUGACAGCCAGCACUCCCACAGCCCAGUCAACAAUCCCCCUGCAGCGUGGCGGGGUGCUCUUCAUUGGGGCCAAUGAGAGUGUCUCAUUGAAGCUCACUGUGCCUGAGGACCUGCUGAUAUUCCGUGCCUGCUGUUUACUGUAGAAGCCACAGCCUUCUGGCUCUCUUCUGCAAGUCACCCUAAAUCCUAGUCAGCCACACCUCCGACCCAGGCCAAACCCCUUCCUGCUCUGGACUCUUUGGGUACACCCUGGAAGAGCUGGGGUAGAGGAGUGAGCUUGAAGGUAUGACUCCUGAGCAGACCUAGGCUGAUCCAUCUUCUUCCUGGGAGGAGGGACCCAUGUGAGGACUAAGGGCUGACACUCCCCCUUGUAUUGUUGCCACACCUGAGCCAGGCUCUCCUCAACACAGGAGGCAGCAGCUCUGUUCCAGCCUAUAGCAUUAGGCAGGCUGGUGAAAUCUAUGAUUAGCUCAGCAUCAGUCACAGCAAGAGGGUAGGUAAUUAAUUUCUAAGAACAGGGUUCUGGCCCUGAGACUGCCCAUUUCCUUAGGUGCAGAGGAGGAGAAAGGGUAAGCCUGUGGACUGAUAAAUUGUUCUUCAUCACCCUCUUGUUCUGUCAAAGCAAUUAAAGAACACUUGUGUAGAGGCUGUGGGGUAAAGAGCACUCAGCCUUUGGCAUUCUAGUCUCUGAAGUGGGCUGAAAGAUGCCUCCCUGGAUGUUAUCCAGCUUUUGCUUUAUUCCUGCUUCACACAGCUUCCUCAAGUGGGCAGGGUGGACUCCAGAGCCCUUUUAUGGGAAGGUGUGGGAGAGGCAGCUGGCUUCAGCCUCAGAUGGAGAGCUUUCAGACAAGCCUUGGGCCCUCCAACCCUGCAGACAGUGAAAGGUGGGUCUAAAGAUACUAUGCAUUGUCAGUGCAAGCUGCUUCUCUCCAGUGUUUCAGUUGGCUCUAGGGCACGGAUCAGCAAGCUAAGGCCAGCAAGCUGGAUCUGGCCACACCCAUUUGUUUACAUCCUGUCCGGCUGCUUUCAGACUAUAAUGGGAAAGUUGGAUAGAUGUGCCAGACUAUGUGGCCUGCCAAGCCAAAAGUAUUGACUGCCCUUCAUAGAGAAAGUUUUGUCAAGCACUUCUCUAGAGCACAUUCACUCAUUCUAGAUACAAGGAAGGACCCGGGGACAGGCCGAUCCAAUUCUCAUUGUGAAGAGAAACCUAGCUACUUUUUCUAAACUGGCUGCGGAGUACCUAGGAGAGCAUCUAGUCUCCCUUUUCCUACCCUCUUGAGGUGGGACACACCUCCACAGGAGGCUGCACAGCUGUCUGCUUUGCCACUGAAGUUUCUGACUGGUAGUCUUAGAUCCUGUCACCCCAGACUAAGCAGAGACCUAGGCUAUUGGCUCCUUCCUGUGAGGUAAGGGUUUAGACUGGCACAAAAGGAUCUUUCUGAGCUGCUGCCCACAGUAGACCCCCUGUACAAUGUAAUUCCUUCAAAAAAGUUCUGAUCAAUCUGUUCUGUUUUUAUUGGCUUCCAAAUUUUCUUCAGCUAAAAAAUAAAAUAAAAUGACCUGGGAAGAAAGGGUCUGCUAAAGGGAACCCAUUUUAAAGAGAAGUGAUGUGCAAAGGUCUAGUCCAUCUAUGGUCUCCAAUGAAGCAGGCCUGAAAAUGAGGCCCAUUGGGAAUAGCAGAAAGGAGAGAAUGUCCUAGGAGGAAUGGUCACAGUUGGGGUUAUUAGCCUAUUUCUUCAUUUCAGAAUUCAGAAAGAACAGUGAUUUUUGUCUAGGCCUUUCUUAAAAAUCCUAUUGCAACACAGAGACAGCUCUACUAUCAUGAUUCUAUUUAUUCUUAGAAACUUACAGAGCUGUAGAAGCAUAAGCCAAGAGUUCUGUACUCUGUAAAUACCAUACAGUGCCACUCCCACCUGUGAGGUAAGCCCAAAUACACACCUCUCUCCCCACGGCGGUGUCACUUGCAGAACACCCAGCACUCUGAAUUAAGGCAGUUUGGCUCUGGGCACUUUGGUGCCUUUUAUUGGUGACAUUUUAGGCCGUGGCCUGGGGCCCCAAACAACUAUUUCUACCCUGCCUUGCUGCACAGUGUCCUCUGUUCCAGGUUCCUGCAACUUUUUCCACAAAGGUAAUACCUCCCACAUGGGGUCAACCAGCUCUGAACAUCCUCUUCAGGGACAGCUGCAGCCAAAUACACCACUGCUGAUUUAUAGCAACAACUACCCAGAGGGCCUUGGUCUUGGAGUCCUGCUGCCACCCUCCCCCCCCAGCAGCUGCCAAAUGUUCAAGCUACUCUGCCUUAACUAACCCCCACAGAAAUGUGGCCCCACAGUUAGCUUCCAGAGCCGCUUUCUGGCCCC